UCUUUAACCCAAUAUUUUGCUAGAAUAAAAAAAAGAGAAAUGCUCUUGGGAGUUGUCUCUCAAAAGAGUUUCAAGCCUCUUCUUCUCUUCUCAAAUUUCGCUCCUAACCCAAAAACUUUUCCCUCUUUUUCUUGUUAAUUUUGUAUUUUGUUCCCUCUCACUCUGUACAUCCACUAGUUCUAUUCGCCCAAGUACUUUAAGAAUUUGCCUCACAUUUAUAACUACCUUUUCAAUGCUCUACACUUUGAAUUCUUAGCUUCUGUGAGUAUCGGGUUUUACAGGUACCUGGCUGCUAGGAACUGUUCAGUGUUGAAGGCUGGUCCUCGUGUCUCAUUUAAAUCUGGGUGUGUUGACUGCUGAGACUAGCAGAUAUUUUGAUGAUUGUUGCUAUAAUGGUUGAAUAUUUUGGAUGAUAGUGGUCAAAAGAUAGAUAGGUUCAGAAAUCCAAGUGUACAAUCUGUACGUCCUAUCAGCCAUGGAAUGUAACAAAGAGGAGGCUAUCAGAGCAAAGGUAAUCGCUGAGCAGAAGAUGCAAAAUGGUGAUUUUGAGGCUGCGAAGAAGUUUGCAUUGAGGGCACAGAAAUUGUUUCCCGAGCUUGACAACAUAACCCAAUUGAUGGCAGUUUGUAAUGUUCACUAUUUUGCAAAACACAGCAUAUACGGGUCAGAAAAGGAUUGGUAUGGGAUUCUUCAAACCGAACAGUCAGCUGGUGAGAGUUUAAUCAAGAAGCAGUUUAGAAAGCUUGCACUAUUGCUUCAUCCGGACAAGAAUAAAUUUCCUGGUGCUGAGGCUGCUUUUAAGCUAAUUGGGGAAGCAAACAGGGUACUUUCAGACCAAAUGGCACGUUCUCAAUAUGAUUUGAAGUGUAGAGUCUUAGUGAAAACUAUACCAAAGCCAACUUUUCACCCAUCAAAUAGGGCAUCCUCUGUCAAUAGUCAGUCUGGUUUUGCUAACAACUACAAGAAUUGUUCUUCAAAUUUCACAGCUUCGAAUGCCUAUCAACAAGCACAACAUCUAACAUUUUGGACCCUCUGCAGUGUUUGUGGUUUCAAGUUCCAGAGUGACAAAGAUUUUGUGAACAGGAUGUUACGUUGUCUUUCAUGUGGAUCCAUCUUCAUUGCCCAUGACUUGGGUCCUCAGGGAUACUCAUGGAAUCAGUUCUCCAAUCAGGUCCCUUAUAACACAUCUUCGCAUUACAAUAGUGGCAAGCCUUCUGGUGUCCACAUCCCACAUAAAUUUGCCGAGUCUGCUCCCAUUCCAAAGGCAGGAAGCUUUCAGGUUGGUGGUUCUAAGAAACAAGAGAAAGUAGGGGUUAAAAUGCACCAGUCUAAGGAGGGGUUCACAGCUCAGAAAGUAGAUGAGAGUUCAAACAUGAGAGAUAGAAAGAAAGGUGUUGAAAAGUGUAAGCCCACUGCCGCAAAGCCAAAGGAAUCAGGAACUUCAAGAAAUGCCAAGAAGAAGAGAGGGUGGAAGUCAGUAGAAGAGUCUGAUGUAAGUUGUGAAACUGGCAGGGGAAUCAAAGUUGAAAAUGUGGUUCUCAAGGAAGAUUGCAAUAGUAAUACUAGGGAAAAUUCAAAUGUGAAUGAAGGCCAUCCUUCUAGGAGACCUUCAAGGCAAAAACAACCUAUUUCUUAUGAGGAAAAAAUAGCAGAUGAUGAUGAUGAUUUUGAAAGCCCAUAUAAAAAGUCCAAGGUAAUGACACCACCCAAUGCCAAUGAGGGAAAGGUGGAUGAUGAGGUAAUGAAAAAGGAUAAUUCUGGUGGCUUUACAACUGCUGCAGAUGUAUGUAAGAAAGAAGUCAAACAGAAAGCAAGUGAUCGUCCUGAAGAGGAUGUCAUGAAAAAGAAAAGGAAAACUGUAGAGUCUAAAGGGAAGGAAGAGGAAACUGUUAUACUUGAUAAAAAUAAGGUGCAACAGUUUGAUAGUGGUUUUGAGUCAAGUAGAGACGUGAAUCCAACUCCUCAGGAACUUGAAUACCCUGAUCCUGAGUUCACUGAUUUUGAGAAGUACAGGUCUGAGAACAUUUUUGCUGUUAAUCAAGUCUGGGCUAUAUAUGACACACUGGAUGGCAUGCCAAGAUUUUAUGCACGGGUGAAGAAGGUGUACCGUCCUGGUUUUAAGCUACAAAUUACUUGGCUAGAGCCUGACCCGGGUGAGGAAAAUCAGCAGAACUGGGUCGAUCUGGAUCUGCCUGUUUCUUGUGGCAAGUACUGCAAUGGGUCAUCAGAGGUAUGUGUAGAUCGUCUAAUGUUCUCCCAUUGGAUUGACCCCAUAAAACUUUCCAGUAAAUGCUUUUUUGUUUAUCCUCGGAAAGGGGAAAUUUGGGCUCUCUUCAAAGAUUGGGAUGUUAAAUGGGUUUCAGAGCCAGAAAAGCAUAAACCACCGUACCAGUAUGAUUUUGUGGAGGUUCUCACUGAUUUUGAUAAGGAAGUUGGCAUUGGGGUUGCUCAUUUGGGUAAAGUGAAAGGGUUUGUCAGUAUUUUUCGACAAACUGAACGUGAUGGUGUUAUCUCAUUUCAGAUUUCAUCAUUUGAGCUUUAUAGAUUUGCACAUCAAGUUCCCUCAUUCAGAAUGACUGGCAAUGAAAGAGAAGGUAUACCUGUGGGAUCUUUUGAGUUGGAUCCUGCUGCUCUUCCUACUUACCUUUUUGAGCUGGUUGAUUCUGGUGAUAUGAAGCUGAGUAAUCACAAUGCCGAAAAUUGUUCUAGUCCUAAUCAUCCUCAAAAUCAAGCAAAAGCUACAAUAGAUUCAGAGAGGAAUCUCACUCCUGUAAAUAAUCAUAAGGGUAAUAUUGAAAAGGAAGCCUCUGUGUCCAGAAAAUCUACAAGGGGUUCACGUUGUGUGCUUAAAGAUCAUGGUGGUCAAGUUGACGCGGUUUAUCACAAGAAUGAGGAUGAAAGUAUCGAAGCUAUAAGAGAUUGCAACUUGAUUCAGCCCAAAGGAAGUUCUAUUUCAAAUGAUGCUGUCCAGGAGAUGAACACCCAGAAAAAGUGUGAGAAAAUUGAUCUCACUACAGAUUGCCUAAAACCUCGUAGGUCACCGAGCGAUUUGAGCAGCAGUCAAGCAAAUGCAUGUCAAAAUGACACUAGGGAAAAUGGCGAGAAGCAUUUAGUUUCCAACAAAAAUGAAAAGCAUGGCAUUUUUGGUAAUACAGAAGGAAAAGUUUCCUUGAAUCCAGCUGUUGGUAACAUGCAUUUACAUGAGGGGGGUGGUGGUACAGUUGAUGUUACUAAAAGCUCAAGUGUCUCUACACCAAUGUCUCUAGCACGGAAAACUUCAAAUUUAGAGUGUUAUGAUUUUAAGAGGGAGAAAUCCGAGGACAAAUUCUCUGUUGAUCAGAUAUGGGCAUUGUAUUGUGGGGAUGGAAUGCCGAAGAACUACUCCCAAGUUAAGAAGAUCGAAGCUACUCCUGAUUUCAGAUUGCAUGUGGCACUGCUGGAGGUGUGCUCAAGACCCAAAGACUUGAAAUUGCCCAUUUGUUGUGGGAUAUUUAAAGUUAAAAGUGGUCAAACCAAGGUUGUCUCCUGUAAUGAAGUCUCGCAUCAAGUAAGAGUUGAGCCCACAGGAAAGAACAGAUUCAAAAUUUUCCCUAGAAAGGGGGAGGUUUGGGCAAUAUAUAAGAGAUGGAGCUCUGCAGAUUCAGACUUGGGUAAAGGUGAAUGCGACAUUGUGGAAGUGUUGGAAGAUAAUGAAAAGAAAAAAAAAGUUAUGGUUCUCUCAUGUUUAAACAGUUCUAAACCACUUUAUAGGGCUCCAAGAAGUCAAAGAUCUACAAGUGGUGUUCUUGAGAUUCCAGAGACUGAAUUUGCUAGAUUUUCUCAUCAGAUUCCAGCUUUCCAGCACACAGGAGAGGAUAGUCGCUGGAGAGGAUAUUGGGAGCUCGAUCCCUCUGCCUUGACCGGUAUUAUUUGUUUAGACUGAAUUGCUAUUCCCCUCAUGUCAGUGUAACCAGGAGCUUCUCGGAGUAUGCUCCAUGGGAGACAAUGGAAAGAACUUGGUAGAAACUUAACCCAAUUGAUUUUUCCCCUCUUAUGCUAGAUAUCUUGCUUGCCUUAACCAUCAGCCAUUUUGUUUUGGCCAAAAUUGAUGUUUAAGCCUUCCGAAUAGUGAAGUAAUGCAUGUCUUAUUUUAAUUUUCA